GACACCGUUUAUGUAUGCCACAAGCUUUGCCGCCAAAAUCCAAUUCCAUCUCGAAACUAAAAGGGGGGAAAACCCUUCCACCUCAAAGAGCGAAUAUCUGAACUUGAACCGUCCUGUGUUGUUGAAGCCCAACCCUUGUUCCAAUUGUGAUAUAAAUGCAGAUUCAGGUAAAAUGCAGCUGCGGAGAAGAGAAAUGCCCAGAAUGGGCAAUUCUAGAGCUUCAAGGUGUUGUUGAAGCCCAACCCUCCUUCAAAGAUCACCUCCAAAAUCUUCAGAUUGGCUCUCUCUGCCGCCCCACUUCCCAGGAAACUUAUACAUUUACAGUUGGAUAUCAUGAGUUGACUGGAACCAAGGUGCCCUUGAAAAAGCCAAUGUUAGUAUUGAAAAAAAUCAAACUUGACACCGAAGAAGAGAAGGAUAACAUCAGUUCAUCAAUGGUGGAAUUGGACGUCAUUGGAGUAAUUCGUCAAAGGAUUCUUUUUAAAACCAGACCUAAGGCGCUCAUAUCAAAUAUCGAUGCAGAUUUGAUUGGUCUAAUUCUUGAAGAUACGGACAUGCUUGGUAGAGUGUUUAUCGAGCCUGGUGGAUCUUCGUGGUAUCCCGCGUCAAAAGAAGUUAAUGAGGCUGUAAGGGAGAGCGUUAUGAGACUUUUUACAUAUCCUUGCCACGAGUGGUGGGACAUUCCAAUAGUCUCUAAACAAGCCAUGUUUCAAGAGUUUAAGACAAUGUAUUGUUGGUUGGCAAAGCAUGAUCAGGCUAUUUCUACAAUUUUUUACAGACAUGCUGCUAUGUCACAUCAGAUUGCACAUUUUAGAUCUGCCUUGACACAAGUCGUUGCUCCUGAAACAAGUAGCGAAGAGGAAACAGAGAGUGAUGAGGAGUUUAUUGGAGCUAUUCCUUAGUGUUGUGUUGUUGAACUUGACUUUUAGAUAAUUUUUAGAUAUUUUUGAACUUAUCUUUUAAUUAGUGAAAAAUCUUUAGGAGUGUUUAAGUAUUUUGAAUGUUGUUGGAUUCAUUGUUUAAGUGUUGUUGAUUUGAAUUGCUUAAAUGAUUUGUUGAUGUAGUGUGUUGUAUGAUUAUUGUAAUAAUGUGUGUUGCAUGAGGGAUGUAUAUAUUCAAUUGCAUUUUUAUUUGGCA